ACACCGUAAAAGUCUUAGUUCAACUAUUACAACCGGGCUGCAUUCACCCACAUCUAUGACCAUGCCGCCGGUGUUCUUCCCCGACGAUCUCAUCAGCGUUGUCUUUUCUGUUCUUCCUGUAAAAUCUCUUGUGCGAUUCAGAUGUUUGAGUAAGUCUUGCGACUCUCUCAUUUCCGAUCCUAUCUUUGUCAAAUUUCAUCUCAAAAGAUCAUCCAUUCGAAACCCGGUCUUAACUAUAAACACGCAGCACAUCAAACAGAUUCCAGGCGAUUUCCUAUGUGAGAUACAGUGGGAGGUGGAUGAAUGUGUUGUCCCAUGCCCGGUUAGUCGAUUAAUUGAUAAUCCUUCACUCACCCUUUUCAUUGAUCCUUGCUAUCAAUGGAACAUUGACCAGAUAUGGGGCCGUAUAGUUGGUGUCUGCAAUGGAUUGAUCUGUUUGUGCGGCGAAUCUUUCAAUUUCAUCCAUUCCUAUCCAGAGUAUUGGCUCCGUCUAUGUAACCCAGCUACCAGAAUAACAUCUCCUAGAUUUGGGUAUUUUCCUUAUAUUAAUCAUGGCGAUGACAGUUAUGGUUAUUCCUUUGGUUGUGACAGUUCAACCGACACUUACAAAGUAGUGGCAUUCAAGCACAUUCCCGAUCCAUUCACAACUGAUGUGCGAAUUCUUAGUUUAGGUGAUAAUGUUUGGAGAAAUCUUGAAAGUUUUCCUGUAAUUCCUCUUCGUCUGGGUUAUGAGGAAAAAGAUGUCUAUUUCAGUGGAACUCUCAACUGGUUGGCUAUUCACAAUAUGCAGUUAUAUAAUUUUAAGGAUAUUACUGUUGAACAGUUUGUUAUAGUUUCGCUAGAUUUGGCGACUGAAACUUACCAUCAGUAUCGGUUGCCCAAUGGUUUUGAUGAAGUUCCGUCUAAAGAGCCAACUAUCGGUGUGUUGGGAGAUUUUCUUUGUUUUUCUUAUUCUUACAGAGAAACCGAUUUUGUUAUAUGGCAAAUGAAGAAGUUUGGAGUUGAAGAUUCUUGGACACAAUUCCUUAAAAUUAGUUAUCAAGAUCUUCAAAUAGAUUAUGACUUUAACGAUGUUACGACAAAGUACCGUUUUCAAUUGAUGCCAAUGCUUCUAUGUGAAGAUGAGGAUAUGCUGAUACUUAAGAGCGGUCAAGAUCUCCAAGUAAUUCUCUAUAAUUUGAGAGAGAAUAGAGUCGUGCGAACAGAUAUUAGUGUAAGUAGAACUCCUACCGAUAAUAGAACUAGCGAUCACGUAGCCUGGAACUUUUUCAAGGGUUCUGUUGAAAGCUUAGUUCCUGUCUUUUGAAAAUUAAGGAGGACCAACUGCUAAUAUAGUAUGAGGAAAAUAGCCAAGGCAGUGGUGUCUAAGGAGGAAGAAUUGGUUUGAAUUAUUUAAGAUUUUAGAAUGAAAUUAGUCCAGGUACUUAGAACAUGAUUUUUGAUGUACUGCCUGAUAAAAUACCCAUGGAGGUGUCUGUUGUUGAUUUGGAUAGGGAAACACCUUAUUGAAUGAAAUACCUUAGUAAUGGUAACACCCUAUUGUGUGUUUUAAAGGUGAUGUUGUGGAUUUGUUGGCUUUUUAAAGGUUAAGGUUGUUAGUUGCAGACCCAAUUAACAGAGAAUGAUAGACAUUCAAUAAUUCAUCUUAGUUUUUGUCA